AUGAAGUCCCAGAUUGGAGCGGCUCAUCAAGCGACAUCCUCCACACUGGCUGAAGCGUCCCAGCUCAUGACACAACAGCGUCAGGUCGAACAGAAGCAGGCUCUACUCAAAGCCUUCAACACCAACUUCAUCCUCUCCGACGACGAGGUGGCCACACUCACCCAGAUGUCUGAACCUGUUGACGGCUUGUUCUUUGCCACACUUGCCAAAGCCAAAAAGAUUAGUAAAGAUUGCGAGAUCCUACUUGGCUUUGAGAACCAGACCCUCGGGUUGGAAAUCAUGGAGCAGGUGUCGAAGAACCUCAACUUGGGAUUUCAGAAGCUCUACAGAUGGGUUCAAAAAGAGUUCAAGACUCUCAAUCUCGAGAGCCCUCAGAUCGGAUCAUCCAUACGUCACGCGCUCCGCAUAUUGGCAGAAAGGCCAAGUCUUUUCCAAAACUGCCUCGACUUCUUCUCCGAGGCGAGGGAGCAGGUCUUGUCUAGCUCAUUCUAUGCCGCUCUCACAGGGGCUACGGCCCCAGGCGUGGAAGAAGCUCCUGUCAAGCCUAUCGAACUUGUGGCGCAUGAUCCAUUGAGAUACGUUGGCGACAUGCUGGCCUGGGCUCAUUCGGCGGCAGUAGGUGAGCGCGAGGCGCUUGAAGGAUUGUUCAUCGCAGACGGUGAGGAAAUCGCCAAGGGUAUCCAAGCUGGCCGGGAAAACGAACCAUGGAGGCUCGUGAGUGAGGAGGGAGAAGAGCCAGGUGAUUUCGACGCGGUCAAGACGCUGAAUGAGCUGGUCGACCGAGACAUGUCUGGAGCAGCGCGUAUCCUACGCCAGAGGAUCGAGCAAGUCAUCCAAACAAACGAGGAAACCAUCAUGGCAUACAAGUUGGCGAAUCUGCUCAACUUCUACAAGAGCACAUUCAAAAAGCUUUUGAGCUCCGACUCUGCACUCGUGGAGUUGUUAAGUGCCCUGGAAGCAGAAGCGCUGCGGCAGUUCCGUUCGCUUGCCCGGGACCACGUGGCUGCGGUCCAGGCCGAUUUCGAACAAGCACCAACAGGUUUACAUCCACCGGAGUUCUUGCUUGAUGCCCUCGAGCAGCUAUCGGCUAUCAUGAAGACAUAUGAGUCAUCAUUCUCUUCUUCUGGAGACAGAGAAACUGAGUUCGAGCCCAUCAUGGCAGAGGCGUUCGAACCUUUUAUGACUGGGGUGUCCAGUAUGGCCAAAGCCCUGCGUGCCCCGUCAAGCUCAAUCUUUCUCGUGAACUGUCUUGUGACCGCCAAGCGAAGCCUCUCACCAUUCGAGUUUACUCAAAAACGAGUGAAACAGCUCCAGGAGGAUAUCGAGAAACAUAAGACCAUCCUGAUUGAGCACCAGUACAGGCUCUUCCGCACCGAGUCUGGCUUGGAUGCUCUGAUCACAGCAUUGGAAGCACUCAAGGAUAAUGACGAGGAUGUGAAGAAGAUGUCAACACUAGAAGCCGUGCAGCCACCGGCGCUGACCCGGGCAAGCCAGAUGUUGGAUAACUUCCUACCGUCGGCUCUGAUGGAUGCAGUGGAGAGACUACAACAUUUGCAGGAUUCGAAGCUGGCUCGGGACAUCACCGAAGAAGCUGCCGAAAAGUUCUGUGUGGACUUUGAACAUGUCGAAGAGAUGCUUAUGUUGGCAGAUGAAAAGGCUGAGCAGGAAGCGGGUGAUUCAGAUGACUUCCAGAGUCUCCGAGCACUAUUCCCGAGAACAUCUGGGGAGAUCCGGGUUUUACUGUCAUAG